UGGAGGAGCACCACCGCCACCACCUCCUCCAAUGCGUGGAGGAGCACCACCGCCACCUCCGCCUCCUGGUAGUAGAGGUCCUGGGGGACCGCCACCUCCACCACCUCCUGGUGGUCGUGCUCCUGGUCCACCUCCGCCUCCUGGACCAAGACCUCCAGGUGGUGGACCUCCUCCGCCUCCUGGACCAAGACCUCCCGGUGGUGGACCACCUGAUCUUAAGGGUGCAGGAAGAGGGCGUGGUCUUCCACGUCCAGGUUUGGGGUCUUCAGCUCAGAAAAAGUCUUCUCUGAAGCCUUUACACUGGGUUAAAGUAACAAGGGCAUUGCAGGGAAGCUUAUGGGACGAGUUACAGAGACAUGGAGAAGGACAAACUGCACCAGAAUUUGAUGUAUCAGAAAUAGAGACCCUUUUCUCUGCUACAGUGCAAAAACCGGUAGAUAAAUCUGGAGGCCGAAGAAAAUCGGUUGGGGCAAAGCCUGAAAAAGUUCAACUGAUCGACCUUAGGAGAGCCAAUAACACGGAAAUUAUGCUUACGAAAGUAAAGAUGCCGCUGCCUGAUAUGAUGGCUGCAGUUCUGGCAAUGGAUGACACUGUACUAGAUAUUGAUCAAAUAGAGAAUCUUAUAAAGUUCUGUCCAACCAAGGAAGAGAUGGAACUUCUUAAGAACUACACUGGUGACAAGGCGACCUUGGGAAAGUGUGAGCAGUACUUCCUAGAGCUAAUGAAGGUGCCACGAGUAGAAUCGAAACUGAGAGUAUUUUCCUUCAAGAUUCAAUUCGGCACUCAGAUAACAGAAUUCAAAAAAAGUUUAAAUGCGGUAAAUUCUGCGUGUGAGGAGGUCCGUAGUUCACAAAAGCUCAAAGAAAUCAUGAAAAAGAUUCUUUACCUGGGGAAUACAUUGAACCAAGGAACUGCGAGGGGCGCUGCAGUGGGAUUCAAGUUGGACAGUUUAUUAAAAUUAAGCGAUACACGUGCUGCUAACAGCAAGAUGACUCUCAUGCAUUAUCUUUGCAAGGUCCUUGCUUCCAAGGCAUCGGUUCUACUGGACUUCCACAAGGAUCUUGAAAGUCUUGAAUCAGCGUCAAAGAUACAAUUGAAGUCACUGGCUGAAGAAAUGCAAGCUAUAAUCAAAGGAUUGGAAAAACUGAACCAGGAGCUCACUGCAUCCGAAAGUGAUGGUCCUGUUUCUGAUAUUUUCCGUAAAACAUUGAAGGACUUCAUAUCCAUUGCUGAGACUGAAGUGGCAACUGUAUCGAGUCUUUACAGUGUCGUGGGAAAUAAUGCUGAUGCACUAGCGUACUAUUUUGGCGAGGAUCCCAAACGUUGUCCAUUUGAACAAGUUACUGCGACCCUCUUGAAUUUUAUAAGGUUGUUUAAGAAAGCACACGAAGAGAAUAUCAAGCAAGCGGAGUUGGAGAAGAAGAAAGCCGCAAAGGAAGCGGAAAUGGAGAAGGCGAAAGGAGUCAGUCUCACAAAAAAAGCAGUUGAUGAUAGCUGACCCAAAGCCUUAAACAAUAUGUUGCCAAAAUCCGCCUUAAUCUCUCAAGCGAACCAAUGUGGUUUUGGUAUGCCAGCGGAGACGGUGCUGUUCAAGUAGCAUUAUCCGCAAAGCGGCACAGGGCGGUACACUACAGGCUCGGGUCCUAAUGGGAUCGAUUAGCCUGGGAGGGCUAUCGAGGAGGAACCAUCAAAAGAUAAGAGACAGAUCUUUUCUCCAAUCACGUACGUUUACAUGACUGACUCCACACUGAUUCAUUCUAACUUGUAAAUUAGGAUUCUUUCAUGUUUCUUCUUUUUCCCUGAUUAGAGGAAUUUUUGAUAGAUUGAAAUGUUGUAUAGGUUUCAGGUGUAGAGAGAAAGAGAGAGAAAUGUAGAGCAUUUUGUCCAUAUAGUGUGUAACUUUGUAUCGUUCCACAAUAUUAAUGUUUCUUUUUAGGAUUCA